AUAAUUCUUCGGAUAUAGAAAAUAUUGAUUCAAAUUCAAUUUAUGAAUUUCAAUACUUAAAAACUACAAAAAUGAAUGAUAUCGAAGAAGGUAUUAGUCUUUCAGAAGAAAAUAUAGAUAUUGAUGAAAAUAUUCAGCAAAAAAUAAAUGAUGACAUAAAUGGAGAUUGUAAUGAGUUUGAAAUUCUUUAUUUAAAUCCUAUCCGUAACAAAGAAAAAAUCUUGUUGGAAGAAAUUGAGAAAUUUAGUAUUCAAUUAUAUGGUACCUAUGAAAUCAGAGUAAAAGGAAUUCCUUAUUUACUAAAAAAUAAACCAAAAUUUCCAGCUAUUAAUGAAAAAAAUUUAAUAAACAUAGAAAAGGCAAGGUCAACUAUUUAUCAAAACGAAAACAAAGAUGAAGAGUUUUUGACAAUACUUGUCUAUAAUUCUAAAUUUGAAAACAAUUUUGAUAAAGCACUAGAGGAUAUUUAUGGAAAAGGGUGCAUUAACCCAAAAAUUCCUAGAACUGAUUUUGUUGCCGUAAAUGAAAAGAAAAUCAUUAAUUUACUAAAGGAUAGCAUUUACGAUAACUAUGCAAUUUCAAAAAAUAUACAUGAUAAAAGAGAUAAAUUUUUAUGGUUCAUGAAAACUAAAAAGGUGAAAAAUGCUGAGGAUAUUGAAAUCUAUUUUAGUGAGUUUUUUUCUUAG